UGUCUCCUGCUGGUGGCCAUGAUAAUCCGCUGUGCGAGGGUCAUAAUGGACCCCUACAGUGCCAUCCCUACCUCCACCUGGGAAGAGCAGCACCUGGAUGACUAG